CGACGCCCAAGGCAAGCGGCAACCCAUCGGCGAGCUCGACCUACCUCAAGACUCAUCACCUCGGCAACAAAAAAUGGCUGACGCUGGACGUGGACGCGGUGGAUUCGGGCGUGGACGUGGUGACAGAGGACGUGGCCGUCGGGGCCCUCGCCGUGGAGGCCGCAAGGACGAGGAGAAGGAGUGGGUGCCUGUCACGAAGCUCGGUCGUCUCGUGAAGGACGGCAAGAUCAAGUCCAUGGAGGAGAUCUAUCUCUUCUCGCUGCCUGUGAAGGAGUUCCAGAUCGUCGACUUCUUCCUGCCGAAACUCAAGGAUGAAGUGAUGAAGAUUAUGCCCGUUCAGAAACAGACCCGUGCCGGACAGCGUACGCGUUUCAAGGCAUUCGUCGCGGUCGGUGACUCUGAUGGCCAUGUCGGUCUCGGUGUCAAGUGCGCGAAGGAAGUCGCGACCGCUAUUCGCGGAGCCAUCGUCCUCGCCAAGCUCUCCGUUGUUCCCGUCCGACGGGGGUAUUGGGGUGCUGCGCUCGGUGAGCCGCACACUGUGCCCUCGAAGGUCAGCGGGAAGGUCGGUUCUGUCAUGUGCCGGCUCAUCCCCGCACCAAGAGGUACUGGUCUCGUCGCCGCCCCCGCAUCGAAGCGACUGCUGCAGAUGGCCGGUGUCGAGGAUUGCUACACGCAAUCAAAGGGUUCAACAGCAACGAUGGGUAACUUCUUGAAGGCAACCUUCGCUGCGAUCACAAAGACAUACUCAUUCCUCACGCCCGACCUCUGGCGCGAGAUCCCUCUGUCGAAGUACCCAUACGACGAACACAGCAUGCACCUACAGCUUGCCCAGGCCAAGAAGGCGUAUUAGACGGCUUUCCAUCCCUGUACCAUAUCGCAUGCUGUCAAAAUCUUCGGGACGCGAAGUCCGUCAUGCUAGACUUGCUCCAUGCAUGUAAUCCACGAUAUUUUCUUAUUCCAUGACAUACAUAGCGGAGGGAUCGUCAGCAGAGCAGCAGUAUAUGAUCUGGCUUGAAGCCUGCGGGUGGAUAGUAUGAUUGUCAUCCGUUCAUUAUUAUUUGAGGUGCAAUAUCUCAUUCAGCCUAGCUAGCUAAGCUCAACGUGGCAAUAUCGCUUACCUCGUGAGCAUGCCGGUGUUCACGGCAUACAAUUAAUUAGACUAUUGACUAGCGAAUCAUCUCUGGGUAAGAAGUUAACAGCCG